AAAAACAGUGUGUGUAUUCAGCAGCCUUGAGUAUAGGUUUUAUUACACACAGGUGGUGAUCAACAUUUACUGCCACACGCCAAAACACACAGAAUGUCAGGGUUACCACACAGUGGUGCCAAUCCGUUUUACAGCCUGCAGGAUAUACAUUUAGAGGUGUGUAUGUGUGUGGAGACACUGAUUCAGAUGGGCAUGCCGAAGAUAACAAUGGCUUAAUUUACAAUGGCUUUCAACAGGCAGAUGAGCAGAGAUUCUGUUGCACGUUGUAUCUUAAACAAUCGCUGCAUACCUAGGCUAAUCUUGUUGAGACAAGCUGCUGACCCAACCACUGAUCCACAACUAUAUUUUACCACAUCGCUACAGAGAACUGUUUAUGUUCUUCAGCGUGGUUGAUCGCUCCACUGUUCGUUUUGGAUGAGCCUCCCUUUUUUGAAGAAUAUGUUGUUGAUAGAUGUCCGACGUGAGAUUGUAUCUCGCGUGUGUAUGUUUUCCAGUGGAGGCUGCUGAGGGAGGACGGCUCAUAAUAAUGGCUGCAACGGAGCGAAUGGAAUGGCAUCAAAACGCACGGAAACCAUGUGUUUGAUGUAUUUGAUACCCUUCACUGAUUCCACUCCAGCGAUUAGCACAUACAGGUCCUCCCCAAUUAAGGGGUGAUGUAUUCAUCCCAGCAGGUUGGGGUUGCGGAGGGGAGGCGUGUGUCUGCCAGCUACCUUUCUGACACACUGUAUCGCGAGGCCCAGGUGAGACAGUGUUUAUAAGGAUACAGCCAAGAACCCACACACACUUAGACAGAUUCUGAGCAGCGCUCACACACCCGCGUCUAUGUCCGUACACCUACAGCUGAAGAAUUUCUCAUAGUAGGAACCAAAGAUGUGGAUUUUAUUCCAGUUAGCAGCCCUGACGGCAGUGGCUGCGACCCAGAGGGACUGUUCUCGGGGGGCCUGUUACCCCCCUAUGGGAGACCUGCUCCUCGGUAGGGACCGUCAGCUUCAUGCCUCCUCCACCUGCGGCCUUGCCGGCUCUGAGGUCUUUUGCACCUACUUUGGACAGUGGAGGAUGAAGUGCUGUACCUGUGACUCCAGGAACCCAUCAAGUCAGUUAGCUCACACCAUCCAGAACGUUCUGUCCACCGCUGGACCCAACAGGUGGUGGCAGGCCAGGAAAGAUGUGAGUCCGGUCACCCUACAGUUGGACCUACAGAACCUGUUUCAGCUGGACACCAUCAUUCUGACCUUCAAGGGUCCCCACCCUAGUGCGCUGGUGGUGGAGAGGACGUUGGAUAAUGGUCAAACCUGGCAACCGUCCCACUACAUGGCCUCAGACUGUCGCUCGGCCUUCCCUGGCAUUGCCAUGACUACGCCACGCUCUCUGGACCAGACCUACUGCUACACCCUCCCCCCUGUCCCCGCUAACUCUUACCAGGACCAGACCAUUCAGUUCAGCCCCUUGCGUCAGUUCUCUAGCAUCAGCGUCCCCAAUGGGCAGAAGAUUGAAGAGGUGUCCGGAUUGACAGGCCUGCGGGUGAAGUUGACUGAGCUGGGUGCUAUGCCUCGCUUGCCCGGCCGCACCCCCUCUCUGUUUUAUGCCCUCAGAGAGAUGAGAGUGAUGGGCACCUGCCUCUGCCACGGCCAUGCCAACCGCUGUCUGCAGGAUACUACUGCCAACCAGCCACCUAGCACACAGGUUAGUGCUCAGUGUGAGUGCCAGCACAACACAGCAGGUGUAAACUGUGAGCGAUGUGCUGAUCUCUACAAUGACCUGCCCUGGAGAUCUGCAGAGGAGGGAAACACACACACCUGCAAACGUUGUGAGUGUAACAAUCACGCCCAGCGGUGCCGUUUUGACCCAUCUGUGUAUGAGGCGAGCGGAUGGAGGAGUGGGGGGGUGUGUGAGGGCUGUCUGCACCACACAACCGGGCCCAAAUGUGACAGGUGUGCCCCUGGAUACCAACCCAACCACCUGAGCAGCAUAGACCAGCCUGAUGCCUGCACACGCUGCCAUUGCAGUGCAGAGGGGGCGGAGAAUGGGGGUCGGUGUGAUGAUGUCACAGGGUCGUGUCGCUGCAAGAUGGGAUACUAUGGCCUGACCGCCUCCAACCCUCUGGGCUGCACGAAGUGCUUGUGCAGUGCAGAGGGCUCCCUGUCCAGUGUGUGUGACCCUGUGAGCGGUCAGUGUCCCUGUCGACCUUACCACCAGGGGCUGACCUGUGAACUCUGUUCCCGUGGUUACUGGAACCCCUCCUCCCCCCGCGGCUGUGAGCCCUGUCGCUGUGACCCCACCAACUCCCAUGGUGACACCUGCGACCAGAGUACGGGUCAGUGUCAGUGCAGGUCAGGGUUCGGAGGUCGUACCUGUACAGAAUGCCCUGAUAACACUUACGGAGACCCCCUCAUUGGCUGCAGACCGUGUCAGUGUGCUGCUGGAGGCAUGGUACCAGGAGGCUGUGAUAAGCGUACAGGGGCCUGCCGGUGCCGUAUUGGUGUCAUAGGUAUUCGUUGCGAUGCCUGUAGCCGUGGCCAUGUUUACUCCUUUCCUGACUGUGAAGUCUGCCCCUCCUGCUUCUUCUCUCUGGACUCCUACAUCCAGAACCUCACCCUGGGCCUGGAGAGACUCUCCACCAGGAUCCCCUCUCGUCCUGGCGGCUCGUUGCCCACCGGUCUGGGUCUCCGCAUCCAGGCCUUGGAGGCCACUCUCAUCCAGAUACGUGACUCUCUCCCACUCCCAACUCCCUCUACGAGACAAGUCAACGACGCCCUCUCUCAGCUACGCAGACUAAGGGACCAGUUAGAUCAGGUGGAUGGGGAUCUGUCACCCCAAGGCAGAGGCCUCGAGCUGGGCUCACAGCUGGACGAGUUGCAGGCUCUCCUGGGCGGCCUGGGUCUGCUGUACAACGCCAAGAGAGAUGCUCUCAGGAACCCUAUCAACUCCAACAAUGCAGGGGCCUUGUCUUCUAUAAAGAAUGCCUAUGACGAGUCCACGGAUGCGGCAAAGACUGUGGAGGCUAGUGGGAAGACUGUAGAUCAAUCUUCAGCGGUCAGAGAGGACUCUCUUGACCUCCAGAACCAGGUUCAACCAGCGAACACCAGAGACCUGGAGAAACUCAACCAGCAGCUGAACACCAAACCUGACCUCUCACCCACUGCCAAGCAGGUGUGUGGCAGUGUGCGCUCUGCCCCUUGUACCCCUGCCCAGUGUGAUGGUGAGCUGUGCCCUGCGGAGGGGGCGCCACCCUGUGGUCGCGGCGAGAGUUGCGUUGGGGCUCUGCCUCUGGGGACCCGAGCUGUGAGGGAUGCUGAGGAGGUAAAGGACAGACUGCAGCAGCUCAAUGGGAAGAUCACACAGGCUGCUGCACAGAUCCAGAAAACACAGGACACGGUCAAUCUGGUCAGAAAGUCCACGGACGAUCUGGUCAAUCAGAUGAGGCGGGCCAGGGAUGACUUGGAGGCAGAUCUGCGGGAGACAAGAUACUUUGUUAAAGAGCUGAAGGACUUCCUGUCAGACCCGUCGUCAGACCCGACAGACAUCAGCACGGUGAGUGAAUGGAUCUUGAACGCAAAGCUGCCUCUCAGUCUGGCAGCUCUGAAGAGGAAGCUUCAGGACAUCAGAGCCCUGGCGGCAGGACUCCCAGACAGCAAAGCAGUCCUGGACCAGGCUGGACCACAGCUCGACAUCGCCCGGCGCCUGCUACAGGAGGCCCAGGACGCCAGGGAUGCUGGGCUGGGUGUGAAGGAUGAUGUUGACGGGCUGCUGGAGGGCUUCACCGUCGUGGAGGGCUCUCUCUCUGGCCUGAACGACAAAGUGCAGGACAGCCUGGACAUAGUGGAAGACAUCAGCAACAGUCUCGCACAGACCAAGGCCCAGUUGACUCCCGCAGUGAAGGCUCUAGGGGAGGCGUCUGCCCUGACUGAGGGGAUGAAACCUCAGCUGGAGGGGCUCAAGGCGCUGGUGCGCUCUGGAGGUCUGCUGGCCCAGAAUGCUAAGGGAGAGGCCAAUAAGGCUAACAAGGAGGCAGAUGCUGCGACCAGGGACCUGGCGUCCCUGGAGAAGCAGCUGGAGCAGCUGCGUGCCGCAGAGAGGACCAGUGGUCAUGGCGAUGGGACGGGGACGACAGGUGAGCGUCUCCGGAAGCUGCAGGAGGAGGCUGGUUCUCUGGCCCAGGACACUGGAGACAUGAUGAAGGCACUAGCAGGUAAAGCAGACUCUCUGCGUAGACUACAGGAUGAGGUCCUACUGAAGUCCCAGAGGCUGACCGGUCUGGACGGCAACCUGCGGGACCUCCUGGCUGACAUGAGACAGAAGAUCAAGAUCCUCUCCACUUGCCAGGGCUGAGAGGUAAAAGGGCAGAGGUCAUCCUCAAAUAGCCUAUUCAUUGAGAUAGAGAAGCGAUGUUAUUUAUUUUGUCCCAUUUUGUAGAAUAAAUGUCCCAAUAAAUAUAUUUUUCAUGCCGUUGAGUUUCCCUUAUUGUGUGUUUUUUUUUUACUUAUCCUACGACAUCCCAGUGACAUCAUUAGGCCUGGGAUUUCUGGGGCUGCAGCCCUGAAUGUUUUUGAUCCAGCCACGAACCUUUUGAUGGUCCAAGAAUAUAGAAAUUGCAGGCUGUUUGUCUGAUAUGAGUUCCCAUACUGGCCUAUCACUUACACGCUAGGCAGUAUGCCGUAGAGACUGUCCUGAUUUUAGCUUUACUUCACUGAAAACUGCGUGUCACUAGCCCAAACGGUUCAAAAGAUGUGAUCCAUUUUACCGGAGAUAUGUUGUUUUUCUUUACUAUCGUGAAUUCGCUGGAAGCAUAAAGACAAAUAAACCAUGUCCCUGCCAUUUCAAAACUAGGCUACGUGGGGAUCGGUAAUUAGAUGAUUUGUUCAAUAACAAACACGCUUGUUCAGUCAUGAUACCUUAUUAGCUAACAACCUGGUAAUUGGACAGCCACACAUUUGGUUUAAGAUGGCACACGGAGAAAGAGAUAGCAUACGUUUUAUCCUAGUGGGGGGGAGUGGGAAAAAAGAAAUAGAUUUAGAUUUCUACAUUUGGGUAGAUUUAGACUAUGCCUUGUUGUCUUCAGGAGAUUUUCUGUUUCAUUUCUUUCCUUCACAUUAGCUGAUGUAAGAUUGUGGAACAAUUCCUAUUUAUGUCAUGUUAUAGGAUAAUGAGAGUGUUUGUCAGCAAGAACAGUACUGUUAUUCCUCAUACAUCUUUUAUUACACUUCUCCACAAUUUUGCUGGUGUAACUACUUAUUUAAAUCUAAUAUGCCUAAAUUAAAGGAGGCUUUCCAUUUUUGUCAGCAUUCAUGUGGGUAUACACUAUGUCAUGGUCAUGUUGAUUGUAAGUCAGAAAAACAAGAAUAGCCUAUAUUGAAAUGCCUGUUACAUCAAGUAUUAUUUGUAUUUUAGUAGUGUAUACAAGCUGCUAGGCAGUGAUGGUAAGGGGACUCUCAAUAGCUCAUAAACGAUUUUGCCUAUGUAUUGUAAGAUGACAAGUGUCUGCAACUAGUCAGCCCCCCCACCUAUAGAUUUUUCUUGAUUGUGGGGUGACUUGAAGAAAUUCAUUGUUAUAGCAUAAACAUUUUCAAACCCCCUGCACUUGGGAAACAUACCCCCCGCAGGAAUUUCUUUCUUCAAGCUGUGUUUUAAAGGGACAGUUCACCCACAUUGUAGAAAAGGCUCUCAUUUGUAAUAUACUUUUUAUGGAACUGUCCCUUUAAUUGCACAUUUUUUAGUUAACUUUGCCUUUAACUGCAGACGCUUCUGAGCCAUCACGAUGUAUCACAAUGUAUGUUAAUAUAGGCUUUUGGGCACUGGAUACCUCUAUACAUCUCUAUGCUUUUUAUUGUUUGGAUUUGUGUGUGUUUUGUAUUGUUGGUAUUGCUACACUGCUAGAGCUGGAAAUCUGCGAUAACAUCUGCAAAAUGUGUACACGACCAAUAACAUUUGAUUUUGCUCUGAGCGCACCUGCAACCAAUUCCCUUAUUAAAUGCCUGAGUUCCCUUUGUCUUUAGUUCAGUACCAAAUAACCCAUGCUUCUUGAAAAUACUCUCCAGCGUUUACCCCUUUUCAUUUCUAUUACCUGUGCAUCCAAUACCCAACGUGAGUAACCCGCAAUAUUGUUUCCAUUUUACUUUCUUGUUUCAUAUGUGAAUAUAUGAGCAUUUAAUGAUGCGCUGUCGUAUCAGUAGUGGUAGACUGUUGAGUUGUUGCAGCAUGUUGCAUAUGGACAUUAAUAAUUGAUAUUUUCUAUAUCCUUCAAAGAGUGAUGAUACUGACAUGGAAAUAAUGUGUAUGAUAACUGUGUUCAUGUUUAUUCUUUAUAUGAAAUGCUCCUAACGCAAAUGUUUAGCUUUAUAUUUUGUGUUUAUUUUUAGCACACAAGUCAAUAAUGAAUUGUGAUUUAUUGGAGAAAAUAAACGGGAGCUGCAGCUCUCUAAAACGAAA